CCCCGCGAAGUCGGAUCCAGCCAGUUUCCAGGUGGGGAUGGCCUGGACGGCCGGCCCCGGGGCGCGUCUUGGUUUCCCGGCUCUGGUUCUGCUCCUGCCUCUCAGGUUCUGCACGGCCCGAGGCGACACUCACUCUCUUUGCUGCAACUUCACCAUCGAUCAUCAGCCCAGUCCUGGAGAGCCAUGGUGUAUGGUUCAAGGCCAGGUAGAUGGGAAUGUCUUUCUCUCCUAUGACUGUGGAGACACCAAGAUCCAAUCCACAAGUCCAUUGGGACAAGAGGUGAAAACUACGAACACUUGGGAAACACAGACAGAAACACUGAGAGACAUCGGGGACUUGCUCACGGGGCAAUUGCCUGACAUCAUCCUGGAGAAACACACAGUCAGGGGCCCUCUGACCCUGCAGGGCAGGAUGACAUGCCGGCGUGAAGAGGAUGGAUACAUCAGUGGAUCCUGGCAGUUUGGCUUCAAUGGACAAAUGUGCCUCCGCUUUGAUUCAGAGAAUGGACACUGGACAGAGGUUCAUUCUGGAGGGAGACAGGUGAAAGAGAAGUGGGAAAAUGACAGAGCUGUGACCCACUUUUAGAAGAGGGUCUCCAUGAAGACUGUCGGACCUGACUUCAGGAUUUCAUGGUGCACUGGGAGGAAAUGUUGAGGAGCACAAGUGAGACGAGUAUAAGGAAGUGGUAGUCCACACAAGGUGAUAUGGACCCAGUCUCUGUGUGUGUGUGUGUGUGUGUGUGUGCGUGUGUGUGUGUCUUUGUGUGUGUCUGUAUCUGUGUGUGUCUGUAUCUGUGUGUGUGUGUGUUUUAGCAAAGUGAUCCAUCUAAAGUGAGCUGUUGCUGAAACAUGGAUGGACUUAGAGAGUGUCUUACUGAGUGAUCUAACUCAGAAAGAGAAGGAGAAAUAUCUCAUGACAUGCCUUAUAUGUGGAAUCUAAAAAGAAAUAGGACAAAGGAAUUUAAAAAAGAGAAAGAGACUCACAGACUUAGAAAACAAGCUUAUGGUUCCCCGGGGGAAGGAAUAGUUAGGGACUUUGGGAAGGUCAUGUACACACUGCUAUAUGUAAAUGGAUAACCAACAAGCUCCCACUGUAUAGCACAUGGAAAGCUCUACUCAAUGUUAUGUGCCAGCCUGGGUGGGA